AAUUUAUCUAAAGAAAGCAAAUGAAAGGUUUUUAAAAAUGCUUGAAUCUAAUGGUAGAGAAGCGAGAGAUAGCACUGACAUAUCCAUUGAAAUACACCAAAAUACACACCAAAAACUUCUACCAAAAAGCCUUGUAUUCUGUAUGCAAUUGAUUUUCUCUUCAACAUUAUAUCACAACUAAAAGUAUUGAUUUUUUGCUCGCAUUUUCACGUUAUAUUCCUUCACUACAGACCCCAUAUCCCAGUCCUCUCCUCUACAGUAUUGUACGAACCAAUACAUUGAGUGAACAGUCAUUUUCGGUCAUACAAUACAAUACAAAACUGUAUUCAAACGCUUGCGCUUCUCGAGUGAUAGAGAGAAUCAAAUCCUUAAAAAAUAUAUAUAAUAUUUUGUGUCCACUUUAUAGUGCUUUACAAACGGCUAAUAAUAGCAUUAUUUAAAAAAUACCAUAAUUAAAUUAUUGAAACCAUGUCUACGACACAGAAUUACGACUUCGGAUCCGAUGACCUCAACAAACAACAGUCGCUCGACUCGGCGGAGGCCACAGACGCGGCCGCUGGACAGCCCAGGGAAGGCAUCUUAGGGGCUGCUUCUGGUGCUGUCGGCAAUAUAUCACAAGUCGCAUCCAAUGCCGUGAAACAAAGUGGUGAAGCGAUAGUGAAUGCGGGCAAAGGGAUCGUAGAGAUGGGCGGUUCAGUCAUAUCUGGUCUGAAGCGUGGAUUCAGCAAAACCAGUGAAUCGGGUGGUGACCAGUGAACGACAUACAGCGGAUCCGAUUGGAUAUUACACAACAUUACAUACAUUAUACAAAAUGAUUACAUUAUAAACACUCAUAGAAUAGACGAUAAUAACGAUAAUUAUAUAAAAAUAGAAAUUAUAGAAUAAAUUAUUAAUAUAUAAAAAUUAUUAUAUUAUAUGAAAGAGUUUGAAAUAAAUACAAAACAUACCAACAAAACGAAUUCUAUUAUAUUUCGUAUGAUUUGUUAUGAAAAUUGUUUAUUUUAUUUUAAUUUUGUUUUAAAGUAAAAAAUUAUAUGAAUUAAAUUUUUUUUUUGAUGAGAGAGAACUCUAAACGCAAACACAAAUCAACUAUAAAUUGAUUAUAAGACUGAUUGUAAUCAAAAAAUUAAAAUAUCUAAAAUCACACAAACAUAACACACAUGUAAUAAUAAUUAUAUAAUAAAACAGCAAAACAUAUAAAACAGCAAAAAUAAUGACAAA